UAGACAUGACUACGAUCAACCAAUUGACGUCAGAAUUGACGAACUUGAUAUCGGAGUCGCGCCGACGGAACCCCGAAAUUAAACAGGCGUCAGAAAAGUCACUAUCGUUGCUCAAAACAUAUCAUGGGAGUACUCCGCAAGCAGAGGCCGAAUUUUUGGCCACGGCGGUGGCGCAUUCUGCCGAAUUUAUCACCCCGUUCGUUGCAUCUUGCCACACACGAAACACAAAGUACAGCGCCAUUGCCGUGCAAUGUCUUAACCGCUUGGUAUCCGCGAAGGGCUUGCCUGUAGAACGUUUGGGAGAGGUGCUAGACGCGCUUAUCGAGGCUACCCAUUUGGCCAUUGAAAUCCAGUUAAAGAUUUUGCAGAGCUUGCCGUCUCUCUUCCAGAACUACAGCAAUGAGAUUAAAGACCAGUUGGUUGCCAAAAUAUUGCAGCUAUGCGCAAUCUUGCAGAGCAGCAAUAAGGUGCCCGUGGUUGCGAGCACCGCAGGCGCCACCUUCCUGCAAUUGGUGAUUAUGGUAUUCGAGAAGGUGAAGCUCGAGGAUACCUCUAUCAGUGAGAGCGAAAAGUGUUAUGCCGUGCAGUUUGACAGCGAUGAGUCGAUUUCGGUGGGACCAAAGGCGUACGACGCAUACCGAGUGCUUCUAGACUUGGUACACUUACUGGACAAGACUAGGAAGCCAGUCUUCUUGCAGUUUCCGAUUCAGGCGUCAGAAAAUUUCCGUUUCGAGCUUAUCGAGAACAUUUUGAUCAACCAGUCGCAGUUGUUUUUAAAACACAAAGAGUUGGCGCACGUGUUACGCAUUGAGAUCGUUCCGCUUUUGUUGCGUGUGUUUUCCAGUAGCAAGAACUUCGGUGUGGUGGUACGGAUCUCCAGGGUGCUCCUUCUUCUCCUCAAGACCUUACUAACGCUUCUUACCGUUGAGUGUGAGAUUGUGUUGUCGCUAUUGGUGUUUGCCUUGACCAAGGAGUCCGCGUCUCCCGAGUGGAAAAAAAUUUUAUCGCUUGAGGUGUUUCACGGAAUCAUGCUCAACUUUGACUUUAUCAAAGGGAUUUUCGAGAAGUACGACAAUAAGACGCACGAAGCCGAUGCUGGUGAAGGGAUUACCUUACCAAAGAAAAUCUGGAGUGAUUAUUUCUCGGCUGUUGACACCUACGUCCAUUCCCACCGAGAAUUACUUCACGUGAGGACUGUUUUGCAACCCUCUUCUGAUGCUUUCGAUGAAACUGGUCCAAAUACUCUGGGGAAGACUAUCAGACCAAACGGCGCGCAAGGGACUAACCACGGCACAGAUGCGGGAAUUUCCAUACAGGCCUCCACUGUCAAGGUUGCUUACUUGGAUUUAUUGGACAAGUCAGACCCUCCGCCGACGACUCCGCCGACGUACGCUUUGUAUUUAAUUUUAGUCUCCUUGAAUGCGUUUCUGGAGGGAACUAUGAACCACGUCCACGAACUAUCUGCCAGAUAUCCGAAAGCAGGCCACUCGCUUGUGUUUGAUUUCUCUCAGGCCACCCUGGACGAGAAGUUGCGGUUGGACGUCACAUGUGUUAGUCAUUUGUUGAAACACAAUCACGAGAAAGUCAUCUCCAUGUACCUGGUGUUCAUGUACUCCACUUUGGAUAAUGUCUUGUUCCGUUCACUUGUACGUAGUAUGCAAAAGCUUUGUCAUUCAUCCGGAUUGCUUGACCUCGAGUCUCCCCGCAAUAGCCUCUUGGAGCUUCUUGCGAAAGCUACAAUCAAUAACGAGAUAGCGGAAGGUGGCCCGACUGAUAGUGGCUAUUCCAUUUCCUCUAUUGUGGGUACCAUCUCAUCCACCAUUGCCAAUACCUAUCUUACACACGAUUUGCAUGUCCCGUACUACCAUAGUCGUGAAUUGCAUACAAGAAACGUCACAUGCUUCAAAGCGCUUGUAAACUUGGCAAUUUCCUUGGGGCCAAAGUUGCAGAGUCAGUGGAAGACCAUCUUAAUCACAUUGCAAUGGACCGACUAUUACAUUCAGGGUAUCAGCACAGAUGACGCGUCGCCCUCGUUUGCUAAAGGAGAAUUAACCAGCUCAAACAAUGCCUUACCUCCCCCUCCCAAAUUGAACAAGACUGAAAUCAUGGCUAUGCAGAAAAUCGUUUCGCUCUUACAUGACAGCUUCAGAGAGUACGACAACGUUGCUUUCUUCGAUUUGGCCAAGGCAAUCUGUGAACUCUCCGAUGUGGUGCUUCAGAGCGGCCGCUUUUCCAGUCCAACGGAUGAUACUACGGGUAAGAACCCAUUUAGUGAUGGGCGGCUUGAUCCUUGCGUGUACAACCGCAAGUACUACAUCAACCAAUUGAGGGAUAUUUCCGAGUCGAAAAAGUUUUUGAUUGAAAGCGACAAGAACUGGAACUUUAUUGUGAACUACUUCAUUAAAUUGGGUACCGAUAGAAGGUUGUCUGAUGACAUCAGAAUUCUUGUUGUCAACAGCUUUGACGCUGUUUUGAACCAUAUUACCGAAGAGGGGUUCACGGUUGAUCAUUCCAACGACGGGGAUGGUCCAAACGUGAUUGCUGAGACCGAACGCAAGAGCUUGACGCCACUAAUGGGCUUUAUCGAGCAAUUAUUAGCGAUGGAUAUUCCCGAGGAGUUGUUGGUUUUGAAUACUGAGGUUGAGAUUAUUUUGAACGUGUUGAACACCCUUCAGAGCUUGUUAGAUAGACAUGGGAUCUUUUACAAGAAUUCUUGGGAUGUCGUAUUCAAGAUCUUGAAUUCCCCGUUCAAGUUUAGUCGAUUUUCUGAAGACGAUGCAAUCGCCGAUGCAACGCUCAAGGAAAAGAUUCGUUUGCUUAUUGUCUCCGCUUUUGACACCAUGAAAUUGAUAAUGGAUGAGUUUUUAUUCUCGCUUUCCUCGUACCAGGUGAAAAUCUUGAUUGAUUGCUUAUACAACUUUAGCGAACAGCAAUUUGAGUUGAAUAUCUCAUUCAGCUCCAUCAGCUACUUCUGGUCCAUCAGUGACUACUUGAGAGGCGUGGUCACCAAGCUGAAAAGCUAUUCCACCGUCGAGUUGAGAAAGAAACUAGAGGAGGCAAUCAAAAAGGACAAGGACUUGACUGAUGUUGUUACAAAUUCCGACAACCCGAACACUCUAUACAGCGCGCUCUGGGUGUAUCUACUUUACAUUUUGGCACAAAUUUCUGUUGACAACCGAUCCCAGGUCAGGAAUGGUUCGAUUCAAACGUUUUUCAGAAUUAUUGAUUCCCACGGAAAGUACUUCCCCUCGUGGAAAGUGAUCUAUGAUACGGUAUUGCCGAGGAUUUUUCAGCUGGAGAUCCAGAUAGAAGCCUUGAAGAGUCCCCCUAAACCCGAGCAGCUCGAAAGUUUGGAUUUGGUUUUGCAGGGGUAUAUCUCUAUGUUGACGGUUUAUCUGUCUGUAUUUGUGCAAGAAGGAGUUUACCUUGAGUACUGGGGAGGUUUACUCGACUAUUUGGAGAAACUCGUGCUGACCAACUGGAUCGAGUCAAACAUUGUCAUCUUUGAUGGUUUCAACAAGAUCCUCGAAUGUUUCGGCGUCACACCUCACCCGGAAACAUCUGGUUUGGAGAAGAGAUUCUUCCAAUUUUGGUCCCAGUUUUCUGUGUCAUACAACAACAUUCUGAACAAGUCCUACCAGGUACUUUUGGUGGCCUUCAUGAAGUCUUUUGCCCCACUUCACGAAAUUAGCGAGGCUUAUUUGACGGCUGAAGAGAUUGGGAACGUCCUUGGUGUUUUUAACUCGUGCGCCCGCUACCCAAUACUUCCAGAUAUGGUGUCAGACUCUACCCGCUGCACGGAGUUGCAAUCUUUAGUGAUGGCCAAUAUUCGAUUGUUAGUCUCGGAUGAUGUAAUUGCCCAGUCGCUUGUGAUCCAACAGCUAGGGACUUUAAUUGUUCUUCCUUUAUCUACACGUGCUCGUAUCGUCAAGAAAUUAGGCGAUAAAGCGUCGUCAUUCAAUCGAAUCCCUACUUUUGCAGCCAUUAGCCACCAGAGUGUGAAUAUGUUGAAGGAGCAGCUCUCAAAGGAUCUCCCAAUGAAGACUUUAGUGCUUGACGGAUGCGUCAGUAAAUUGUUCAAGCUGUUAAUUGAACCAGCAAGAAUUCAAGCGAAGGGUGCUCUGACAGACAAUGACUUGUGGGAGGAGUGUGUUACUAUGGUUAUCGAAUUGUCGGCCAAAAUUGUGAGUACAUUCCGAGAGGAUGAUACCGUAAACUCCAUCCCAUUGGACUUGAAACAUGAGCUAUGGACCAUCAUCAUGGAGACCCUUAUGUUGUGCGUUAGUGCACCCGGAGAAGGUUCCAGCAACGAUGAGUUCAUUAUCGAGAGCUACACGCAGCUCCGCAACCUUGUCAUCAUAAACUCCGAGCUCCAGUCGAUCCCGGAUGAGUCAUUGACCAACGUGGUUCAUCUGAUUUGGGAGACGUCCUUCUUUUAUUCCAUGAACGAGGUUGAGUCACAGAUAUACGGUUCAGAGACGACUCUGAUAGAGGGGAACACCCAUACGCUAGUGACCUUUGAUUUUGAGAACAAUUACGGAUCGACCAGUCCGUUAAAGCUUUUUCCAAAUAUAGCUUUGAGACGUGCAUGUUUGGAAGAUUUGACCAACUUUACAUCAGGCACUGACGAUAUUUCUAAGGUUGCAAACAUUUCUCUUCCUUACUUUUUCAACCGCGCUGGCUUUGCGUUGAGAAGGUUUGUGUCGGAUGAGUUAUUGCUGAACCGCUUGCCUUUACCCAAGAUCCAGCAAGUUGAAUUUUUGAGCAUCUUACACGGUUUGAAGGUUGUAUUGCAAACUUCUCCACGCAACAGCCGGGUGGCUAAAGACUUUAUGGUUCUUUCUCCUAUUUUACUCAAGUGCUUGCCAUAUGCUGGAAGAAUCCCUGGGGGCUUAAAGGAGUUGGAGGGUUUGUUCAAAGAGAUUAUAUAGAUGGGUUUUGCAUUCACAAUUUUAUAGUUAUGUUUUGGUACUUUGUCAUGUAAGGGCUUGUACUUCGAGAGAAUAAUUG